GAGUCUUGUUUGAUCAUGCUUGCGUUUAAAAAACCAUUUUAAUGUGAUGCCUAAUUUUAAUAAAAUGGAUUUUCUGGAUAAAAGUGCUUCGAGUACGUCGGAUUCGGAAAGCGAAUCCAGUGUGCUAUGGAAACAAGUAAGACGAAUCUCACUGAACCAUGUUCGGGCGAAGAGACACUCUCGUCGUGAGGGCAUAGCGCCACUUGCAGGUUCAAGUCAACGACGAUCCUCUCAGUCGGGUCUUCGAAGAGAGCAGUAUAGUCGGUCUUAUCAGAAGGAUGCGCCUGUUUGCAGUAAAGCUGCACAAAUGCCAUCUAAAGAUCGAAGUGAUAGCGAAACAACAGAUGAAAGCGAUUCACCUCCCGGCGAACUAUCACAAGUGGUUCAGGAAAUGAGAAAAAUAUGUGAGCGUCUUACCAGCGUUUGCAGUGCUUUGGAAAAAUCAUUUACAAAACCCAGACGACAUAAGAAAAUUAUCAAAGACUCGAAAAACAAUUUCAUCGGGCUUACCGAAAAAGAUCCUGAGUUAAUUGUUUCAAAAACUUCCUUAUCUGCUGAACAAGCGCCACUUAGCAGCAACCACAGCCUCUCUUCGAUACCCGAAUAUAUAUCAGAAGCUUCGGAAGGGCAAAAGAGUAGCAUAGACUACACUGGACCAAGUUGCAGUUCUCGUUACACGGAGUCCAUAAAUGACAAAUAUGAUGUUGAAGAUUCCGUUAUUGACGAUAACAUUUUUGACAUCUUCAAGGACGGCCAGCUGGAUCUGGAUGCAGUUCCGUCUAGUGCAUCAUCUAUUUUGAAAAGUUUGUCUGCUUUAGAUGAUUUAGAGCUGGAUGAUUUUGAAAACGACACUGAAGCGCGAACACCUGAGGUUCAGGAUAAUUCCGAUGAUCAUGCUAUAGUAGUUAGUGAUAGUAUCCCAAGGUGCCGAUCUCCUAUUACAAUCAAAUCGGAACUGGCACCAAAAAUUGAGCCUAAUGAGUCGGAUGAUGAUGUUAUAUUUAUAAGUGAAACUAUUCCGAGGCGCAAGGCACGAGCUUCUAUUUAUGUCAAAUCGGACCCCGAUUGUGCUGUUAAUAGUAAGGAAAAUCAGACGGCUACUAGACCGAGUUCUAGAAAUUUAUGUAAAGAAUAUAGUCGAAAGCGUACUAGUCAGUCGCAAUUGACUGAUUUUUUCGAACAGUGCGCAAAACAGUUACGUUCCAGUGAGACCGUAUCAAGUCGACAAGCAAUAUCUAACAAAUCAACACGACAUGAAAUACAUUCAAGUGAGGCCGAUCCAAGUCAACCAGCUAUAUCCAUUUCAGGAACACGUCCGAAAGUUGCACAUGUGCAGAAAACACGUUCAAGUGAACUUGGUCGAAAACAUCAGUCUAUAUCCAAACAAGAAACACGCUCCAAAGUUGCACAUGUGCAAAAAUCUGUUUUAAAUAAAAUCUGCCCAAAACAACCGGUUCCGAAACAAGAAACACGCGCAAAAGUUGCACGUUCGCAAAAAUCGAGUUCUAAUGAAUUCGGCUUGAAACAGGAAACUGCCAAACAAGAAACGCGAUUCAAAGUUAAAGAUACACAAAAGUCAAGCUUAAAUGAAGUCGAUCCCAGCCAAGAAGCGCGCUUCAGAGCCGCACAUACGCAUGAAUUACGUCAAAAGGUUGCAUAUGCGACUAAACACAACUCCAAACAAUCAUCACAAACGGAAAACAACGAUAAACUAAUAAUGAAAAAGGAUAUCGAACAGCGUCUUCGGGUAAAUGAUCUUUCGUGGGUCACUCAACGAUCAAUACGGGAAGAGAAUUCACGCGUUAGGCAAGUUUUCCGGAAGAAUGAACUAUUGCAGCAACACUUGUCACGUGAUAAGGAUACUACCGAUCAGCUGGUGUUAGAUUAUGACCAGAAGAGCAAGUUGUUGAUUCGUGUUCAUCCAAGUUUGGUAGAGAAAAUGAAGCCACACCAGAAGGAAGGAAUCAAGUUCAUGUAUGAUUGCUGCUAUUCGGGUGUGCUUGAAACUAAAUCUUCCAAGGGUUCCGGUUGUAUUCUGGCUCACUGCAUGGGACUGGGAAAGACGUUCCAGGUGAUUGCUUUAGUUCACACGGUGAUUAGCUACCCACGGCUGAAGACCAGAAAGGUUAUUGUAGUUUGUCCAAAGAGUACGGUGAUGAAUUGGGCUCAGGAAAUUCAGAAUUGGUUGGGUAGCAUUGACACUAAUGUUAAACUACAUACGUUUUUCCUACCUGACGCUAUAACCAUCUAUAAGAAAUUGGAAAUUCUUGAAAAAUUUUAUAAACUCUCGGGGAAAGAUGCCAACUGUUUGUUAAUAGGAUAUGAAGCAUAUAGAGCUCUGGUGUUCUAUGAUGCCGCAAACAAACACGGUGAAAAACAUUCAGCAGCUGUUCGAGCCGAGGUUCGUAGGUAUUUGGUUGACCCAGGCGCUGAUCUGGUUGUGCUGGAUGAAGGGCAUGUGAUAAAAAAUCGCAAGUCUCAAGCAAAUUUGGCAUUAUCAGAAAUAGCUACUAGACGCAGAAUUAUUCUAACGGGAACACCAAUCCAAAAUAACCUGAAUGAAUAUUUCUGCAUGGUGAGUUUCGUUAAGCCGGCUAUUCUGGGCAAUGAAAAAGAGUUCAACGAGCAAUUUGCAAAACCAAUUAAAGACGGACAGCACAAGGAUUCAAACAAAGCUGAUAUACAAAUUAUGAAGAUGAAAUCGUUCAUUCUACAUAAGCGGUUGCUCAACUUCGUUCAGAGAAAGGAGUUUUCCGUACUGCAAGGUUCAUUACCCAAGAAGUAUGAAUACGUUUUGUACGUUCCGCUAACGCCUGUACAGGAGCAGUUGUAUGAGCAGUACCUAAAAAGAAAUCCAUUUAGGAAGGAUGUGGGAGGCAGUUGUUUGCUGGAAGAUUAUUCAUUUUUGCGUAAAAUUUGGACACACCCACUUGUGUUAGAAAGAGCGUUGGAAACUGCUGUGAAGAAAAAUACCAACAACGGAAUUGAUGAUACUGAUAAUGCUCGCUCUAUUACCAAUGAUUGGUGGAUGAAAAUUGUUAGCCCGGAUGACUUGAAAUCACUUAUUCCAAGUAACAAAAUGCUGCUUUUGUUCGAGAUUCUUAAGCUGUGCCAAGAGCGCGGUGAGAAGUGCCUCAUUUUCUCCGGCUUUGUUAUGGUCCUAAAUGCUGUAGAAUACUUUAUGCAAAUGAUUCACGAACAAAGCAAAAACCCGAAGGCUCGAGCGCACGGGUUUUCUCGUUUUCGUGGGCCAUGGCGAUCGGGCAUUGAUUACUACCGAAUCGACGGAGCAUCAUCUAAAGCCAGUCGGCACGAUAUGAUCACGAAGUUUAACGACCCACAAAAUCGUAUAACUCGGGCGUUUCUGAUCUCCACUAAAGCGGGAGGUUUUGGGAUCAACUUGGUUGGAGCGAAUCGAGUAGUUAUUCUAGACACGUCAUGGAAUCCGGCUAAUGAUCAGCAAGGAAUUCAUAGAGUUUAUCGCUUGGGACAAGAGAAACCUUGCUACAUAUAUCGUUUGUUGGCAAUUCAUACAAUGGAAGAAAAGGUUUACUCCCGAUCUGUUACUAAACAGGCUAUGAGCCACCGCGUAGCGGAUAAGAAACAGGUGGAUCGGAACUACAAUAUGGCAGAGCUGGAAGAGUUGUAUCACUUUGAGCGUGUUUAUAGAAAAGAACGACCCAACUCCGCUCCAGCAGAAGAUGAUCUUUUGUCGACUCUUCUUCUGGAACACGACAAGUUGAUUUAUAAAUAUCACACCCAUGAGCGAAUGUUAGAUAACAAAACCGAACAAGAUCUAACUGAUCAGGAGAAGGAAGUCGCGUGGACUGAGUUCAAGAAAAAGGGUCAAAUUAUAGACUGUCUGGAUGAAUCUGGUACAAAGGAGGCAGGCGACUUAACACCGGCAGAAACAACUACUCUUGAUUCGAUGAACCCAUCCGAGGUUGCAGGUGCUGAAAAAGAAAAUACUGUUGACGCCUUAAAUUUGAUUCAAAGUAAUGGGACGUCAUCUUAUGAUAGCGGAAGUAAUUUGACCAGCAAUAUACCACCACCUACCAGUGUAAGGGAGAAAGUCCCACCGAAAAUAUCCACCGAUAUGCUGACGACUAAUACUAAUUUAUCACCAUCAAGUUUCGAGCAUAGAAUAAUUCUAGCAACUCAACCUGCAGUUCUCUUGAGUAAACUUAAUAGAAUUCCAAUCAAUAUUUCGGCAGGAUUUACAAUAAGAACUCACCAAAUUAACCAGGAAAACAUCUGCAAGUCGGUCGUCCUGUACAAACCAAUCGAAUGCGGUUCUCUAAUAAGAGUUAACAGAAAAGACCCUAGUGGCAUAAGUAAUCAAAUAUCAACAACUGCUACCAGUAGCAGUCUUGCUUUGGUUCCAUUUGUGCAGAGAAGAUCUCUUUUAGAUGAUAUUCCUCGCAGUGAUUUGAGCGUCAGAUCUACUUUGUUCUCCCAACAGGGCAGCACAGAUUCGUGUACUCUGUUACAUUGCGGUGAUAACUCCCUUCAGCAGACUAGUCCUGUAUCGUCAGAACUAUCGCCCAAUCCGGUUCUGGAAGAUAGGAUUAGGGUUGCCGACAAUAUAGUGGGAGUUUCAUUGGGAAGAGAGAACGCUAUCUACUCGGACGGUCUCAAAGGAUUUGAGAAUGAUCAACAUCAAUCCGUUUUGUCAGUAGCAACAAGUGAUGCACAUAACUUUGAUACGAGCAAUAUACUGGAAACUGCUACUGGACUCGCCAGCUCGAACGCUUUACGUGGCAUAAAGCGACCACUGGAACAUAGUGAGGUUAGCCCAAUUGGUACAGCUAAGCGUUUGAAAAUUACACCACACUACAGUGCAGCAGACAAUGAAAGUUGCACUUCCACAAGCCCAGCUUUGCUAUUCACUGCUACAGCACUACCAGGAAUAUUUACUGAGUGCUAUAGAAUCAAUAAAUGUCGAUCGUUAGUUCCUUAUCGACCCACAACUAGUAUAAGCAUAAAGUUUAAUGUCUACUUAAAGAAAAUAGGUGGACUUUGCUUCGCUUCAGCAGUCCCCGAAAACAGAUGUUUGGCAAUAGUACCCUACGUUAAAAGGGUAUCCCUCGCAGGAGUCAUUUUGGCUAGGUGCAAUGAAGCACAACAGUUGGUCAGCUCUAGAACACAUACCGUAGAAGCUGAAACCAAAACUAUUGAAACGAUACAGCCUUACUACACAUCUACAUCAGAAAUUAGAAGUAUAAUUUUCUCGUUUAAUGCGGGUAUAGAAUAUGCGAAGCAACAGUCUGAUUUAAGCUCUGCAAAGCAGAAUUAUAGAAGCACAUCAAAUAUGACCUUAGAUCGUACAUCUGUACCGUACUAUGCAAAGAAACGAAAGAUCAUGAUGGUGAACCCUGUACCGAAAAGGAGAAGAACCGAAGGAUUGUUAGUGCAUAAACAAGCUGAAAGGUUCGAAGUUUUUCCAAAGGACAUAGCAUCGCAAACAUCUUAUGAGGAAAACAAAUUCGAUUACAAUCACAUAAAUAAGUGUCGAGCCUUGGUUCCGUUUUGUUCCAAGUUGCGUAUGCACCCGAAAUUAGUCGCUCACGUACAAUUUAAUGCUGCUAUCGAGGGACCUGUAAAAUCUUGCUUCGCCGUUGUACCCUACGUUAGAAGGGUAUCUUUUUUGGAGAGCAUUCUCCAAAAUCUCGAUAAUGACCAACAGACCACCAGAUCUUUAGAGUCUGAUAACCGAACUGGCAGCGAUUUGAGUCUAGCUACCAUAAAAUCCGUUUCGCAGAAUGCAAACGAACAUUUUAAAAACUUUUGGAAAGUAGGCCAGAUAGAAGACAAACGUCUUGUAUCUUUUAAAAAGACAAGUCAUUAUAAAAUCAGUUCAGAAUUUGUGCCCCAGCGAAACGAUACUGCGAUUGCAGUUUAUCGUCGAUUUCACUCCUUGUGGAAUCAAACUAAAUAUGAAGAGCUACUAAAACAAACUAAAAUUCGAACUCAAUUCAAGAAAUGUUAUCGGUUUACUCCGUAUGAUCGAUGUAAUCGCAUUCGUUUCAAUACAAUUUCUUCACUUGACGAAUACGUUGGUCCCUGGCUUGAAGGCUUCUUUAAACGAUUAAGUGCUUCAAUGCGUGGCCAGAAAGGUGCUUCGAAAAACUAUGACGUAAACAUAACUUCACCAAAGCUUGAAAAAAUCGCUUUGAAACCGAUAAUAUUAAAACGCAAGUUGAUCAUGAGACCAUCAUCGAGGUUAUCGAAAAGACGAAGAGUAGAGGUUCCGAGAACGCAAAUCGAAAAGCUGCCUGAACAUUUUGACAUUACGCAAAGGUGCAUAACAUCUCAAUCGACGAUUAGUACUAGAAGCAGCUCUACAGAUCAUAACAAGUGUCGCGCGUUAGAUACGUAUUGUACCAGGCUACGUUUGCAUUCAGAAUUAGUGGACUACAUGAAGCAAAUUGCUAUUGUUGAACAUGUUGAAAAAACAUGUUCCACCGUUGCACUCUUCGUUCGAAGAGUAUCUCUAUUGGAACAGAUUCUUGCUACUUUCCAUGAAAAUCACCAAGUUGCAAGACAUUGUGUAUCAACCGCUGAGACGUGUAUGCUGCCGAUCGCAGUAAAGCAAAAAUGGAAGAAUAGUUCGAACACUACUAUCCACUUCCAGCGCAGCCAACGCUAUCGAUUUACUCCUUAUUCCAUUGCAAAUCGUAUCCACCGAUACGUCGAUUCCGAUCCAGAAGGCAAAUAUUUUGUCGGAAAAUCAGAGCUCAAAAGUACAUCCAGUAUGGCGAUUUUACCAUACACAGGCAAUACCAUUUUGAUUGAGAUUUACAAAAAUCUCCGUCUUGUAACGAAUUCUGUAGAGUUCAACUCGGAAUUAGUGAGCUUUUUGGCGUUCUGUCGAAACGUUACACGCAACUCUACGGUAGAGAAUCGUGGUCCAAAACGAAAAUUUCAAACGGAUGAAGAGCCCCUGAUGAUAACGAAAAAAGUCAAACUUUCGGAAAUGGCUGGCCCACUCGAAGGAUCUUCCAUGACUCAGCAGACUGUCGAAAGUCCAGUGCCUUUCCAUAAAACUUAUAUUCAACUCCCAUCUCCGGAACGGGCUCUGCCAACUUUAAAACUUGAUCGUGAACCAACGCUUCAGGAGAGUCAAUGGGAUCUAGUUCGUAGGACUAAAAGUUUGUUCACUGGAGAACACUCAUCCACGCUUGGUUUGCUUAAUAGACUGUCUCAGGUCUUCCGAAAGUGACACAAUAUUGUUGAGAUGAGUUCAUCGUGGAGUUAUACUUUGCUUUUGUUUGCCAACAACUGUUUAUCAUAUUGUUGUGGUUUUGUUUUUUAAUUUUCCAGUUAUGCUUGUUUUUUUCGUGCUUCAUUAUUAAAACGAUACUUGAUAAGUGACGUGCCUUUUAACAGAUUUACUGACAACAAAAAUAAA